GCCAGGGGAAGUUGCAGAGCCUGUGUGGUGUCGGUGAGUCCCCCGUGGUCCGGUGCUCGGUGCCCCCUGUUGCUUUAAGCAGUGCGUUCUGUCGUCCGACAGGAGGCGUGUCUCCCCUGCGGCCGGAGUGCCGCGUUACCAGACGCAAUACCGGGGAAGCAUAACGGCUCCUACAUAGAAACAAGUCAACUUCUUUGUGCGGUUCUGGUGACUGUUUCAUGCCCCAGCUCUAUCUAAGUAAAUGGAUUUCUUCAAGCCCUGCCCUGCCUAACAUGGAUGCCCCACCACCACCACCACCACCACCACCACCUCAACCAUCAUCUUCCUCAGCUGAGUCCGAGGGCUGUUUCUUCUUGGCGCAGUGAGCUGGACACGCAGUGAUUCUUUUGCCAAAUGGAUGUGGGAAAAUCGUUUCUCAGCCCGCCGGUGAUGAUCAUGCCGUGAUCUUCCAGCUGCCUGAAUUCACGUUAAAGGGGGUAAAGAAAAAAAUCUGGGGAAUAUACCGAUUCAGGGAAUAAUAAAAAAAAAACAAAAAACGUGCGCACCACACAAGCACCAUGAAGAUUACCUCCCUGCAGAUAUUUAAGGCGAGAUUCAGGUGCAUCGUCAGGCUUCUGCUGCUAUUACCCUGUGUGGGAUACUCUCAUGGGAUGCCACACGUCCUGAGAUUUGGGGGGAUAUUUGAGUCCAUUGAAAGUGGCCCAUCUGGUGCUGAGGAACUAGCCUUUAAAUUUGCUUUAAACACAAUCAACAGGAACAGAACCCUACUGCCAAACACCACACUGACCUACGACAUCCAAAGGAUAAACAUCUAUGACAGCUUUGAAGCCUCCAGAAAAGCUUGUGACCAGCUUUCUCUUGGGGUGGCAGCUAUAUUCGGUCCCUCACACAGUUCCUCUGCCAAUGCGGUCCAGUCCAUUUGCAAUGCCCUGGGGGUCCCACACAUCCAGACCAAAUGGAAGCACCAGGUAUCAGACAACAGAGAUGUGUUCUACGUAAGCCUCUAUCCAGACUUCUCCUCCCUGAGCCGGGCCAUCCUGGACCUGGUCCACUUCUUCAAGUGGAAGACGGUCACUGUGGUUUAUGAUGACAGCACUGGUCUGAUUCGAUUGCAAGAACUUAUAAAGGCACCAUCCCGGUACAACAUCCGUUUAAAGAUCCGGCAGCUGCCUGCAGAAACCAAGGAUGCCAAACCCCUGUUAAAGGAGAUGAAAAGGGGCAAGGAGUUUCACAUCAUCUUUGACUGUGGCCACGAAAUGGCUGCUGGGAUCCUGAAGCAGGCUCUCGCCAUGGGGAUGAUGACAGAGUAUUAUCACUAUAUCUUCACCACACUGGACCUGUUUGCACUGGAUGUGGAGCCUUACCGAUACAGUGGUGUGAACAUGACGGGCUUCAGGAUUCUCAACACCGAGAACAGCCAAGUUGCCUCCAUCAUUGAGAAAUGGUCCAUGGAGCGACUGCAGGCUCCACCAAAACCUGACUCUGGUCUACUGGACGGCUUCAUGACCACGGACGCUGCACUGAUGUAUGAUGCUGUGCACGUGGUGGCCGUGGCUGUGCAGCAGUCUCAGCAGAUCACUGUCAGCUCAUUACAGUGCAACAGACACAAACCCUGGCGCUUCGGGAAUCGCUUCAUGGCCCUGAUCAAAGAGGCUCAUUGGGAUGGUCUCACUGGGAGAAUCACUUUCAACCGGACCAAUGGCCUGAGAACAGAUUUUGACCUUGAUGUCAUCAGUCUGAAAGAAGAGGGGCUUGAAAAGAUUGGUACCUGGGACCCUCCAAGUGGCCUGAACAUGACAGACAACCAGAAGGGGAAGACUACAAAUGUCUCUGAUUCCUUGUCGAAUCGAUCCUUGGUCGUCUCCACCAUACUGGAAGAGCCAUAUGUGAUGUUCAAGAAGUCUGACAAACCGCUGUAUGGGAACGAACGCUUUGAGGGCUACUGCAUAGAUCUGCUGAGAGAGCUGGCCAACAUCCUGGGAUUCACUUAUGAGGUUCGCCUGGUAGAAGAUGGAAAAUAUGGUUCUCAGGAUGAGAACACAGGCCAGUGGAAUGGCAUGGUCAAGGAGCUAAUGGACCACAGAGCUGAUCUGGCAGUGGCUCCCCUCGCCAUCACAUAUGUGCGCGAGAAGGUUAUCGACUUUUCCAAGCCAUUCAUGACACUGGGUAUAAGUAUACUGUACCGCAAGCCCAACGGAACCAACCCUGGGGUCUUCUCCUUCCUCAACCCCCUCUCGCCUGAUAUCUGGAUGUAUAUUCUGCUGGCUUACUUGGGUGUCAGUUGUGUGCUGUUUGUCAUAGCCAGGUUUAGCCCCUACGAGUGGUAUAACCCCCACCCUUGCAACCCUGACUCGGAUGUAGUGGAAAACAAUUUCACCCUGCUAAAUAGUUUCUGGUUCGGAGUUGGAGCUCUCAUGCAGCAAGGAUCUGAGCUCAUGCCGAAAGCCCUCUCCACCAGAAUUGUAGGAGGAAUCUGGUGGUUUUUCACGCUCAUCAUCAUCUCCUCCUACACGGCAAACCUGGCGGCCUUCCUCACUGUCGAGAGGAUGGAGUCGCCCAUCGACUCUGCAGACGAUCUGGCCAAGCAGACGAAGAUAGAAUAUGGAGUGGUAGAGGACGGAUCCACCAUGACCUUCUUUAAGAAAACCAAGAUCUCUACAUAUGACAAGAUGUGGGAAUUCAUGAGCAGUCGGAGGCACUCAGUGAUGGUGAAGAAUGUUGAGGAAGGCAUUCACCGUGUGCUCACAUCAGACUACGCAUUCCUCAUGGAGUCCACCACUAUCGAGUUUGUCACACAGCGCAACUGCAACCUCACACAAAUUGGAGGCCUCAUUGAUUCCAAAGCCUACGGUGUUGGCACUCCAAUGGGCUCCCCAUACAGAGAUAAGAUCACUAUUGCCAUCCUACAGCUUCAGGAAGAAGGGAAGCUACACAUGAUGAAGGAGAAGUGGUGGAGAGGAAAUGGUUGUCCAGAGGAGGAGAGUAAGGAGGCCAGCGCCCUCGGAGUGCAAAAUAUUGGAGGGAUCUUCAUCGUCCUGGCAGCUGGACUUGUUCUCUCCGUGUUUGUGGCAGUGGGAGAGUUCCUCUACAAGUCCAAACAGAAUGCACAACUUGAGAAGGCCCAAUGGCGACAACGAGAUAAGAAACAGGUCUUUCUGCAGUGCCAUGGUGAACGAACUGCGGGUUUCCCUCAAGUGCCAGAGACGGCUCAAACACAAGCCCCAGCCACCCGUCAUGGUGAAAACAGAGGAGGUCAUCAACAUGCACACCUUCAACGACCGAAGACUGCCAGGGAAAGAGACCAUGGCCUAAAGUGGGAACCUCAAUCCCUUUAUCACCCUCUUUCCUGUACUGACGUAGUGUGCAAAGACACUGGGGAAAAGGGUGUGGGUAAAUGGUAAGGGGAGUGGGGGACAGUGGGUUGUAAUGGUUGACAGUUGAGUUCAUUUGAAGAUAGAGCAGAGUUACUUAGUAGUAUACCAGUAUAAUGAUGACUUGUCAUUUAUGUUUCCUUAUAAUUAGCUUGAGAUAUGAGAUUCAACAAUAUUUCCUGUGGAAAUAACUUGAACCUGAGUGAGAUUUCUGUGAGUUACCUCAUUAUCAUCUUGGCGAGGCAGCGAACUACAGGUGCCAGAGUUUUCAGAACCCAGGUGUUGAAGAAAGAUUGUCUGGAAAUAAAUCUGAAGUGGGGCAAAAGUGGUCCCUUUAAAAAAAAAAAAGGCAAAAGAAGUGGGCCUAUCAUCUGUAGCUUUUGCUCAGUCAAUCUUUCACUGCACAGCUCAAAACAGGAUGGUUAAGCACCAAGAGCAUGGCAGAGAGUACAAGCAUAGCAAUGCUAACUGGAUGAAUAGUGAGAAAAUUAAAGGAUUUUUUAUUUAUUUACAAUUGUUGUGAAUACAAUGAUCACAUGGGCACUUGAUGAAAUUGAACUCACACCCUGAAGAUGAUGGUGAGCUCAGUGCUCCCAAAAUGUACAAAGAGGCAUUAGUUAGACACAUAUAUUGACUGACAUCAAAAAUGAGAACACUGUAUAUCAUCCAUCAGGCAAUAAGUGAUAUAUUUUAUUUGUGUUUCAGCGUACUAACACCAUUAGUCUUUAAUAGAGGCGUGGAGGCAAGUUUUAAAAGUUAUAUGGUUCGAGUAGGGAAAGCAGAAGUAGGCACAAUAGUGUGCUGUGAAUGUCCAUAGAUCAGCCAAAAGUUUCAAAGAGGAUUCUAAGGAGGCACGGUGCUUUCAGACAGUGAGUGGUUGCCAUCAUUGCUCACUGAGACAUCUGUAGGAUCCUACCAUCCUGUUACAUAGGUUGCUGUUCAUCACAUCCACCCAGUGUAAUCUCAUCAUACAGCUAACAGAGUGGUUUGUAGUUUAAAAUAGAAUAAGCAAUAUGAUAACAAAAAAACUCAUUCUGUAACUUUUUCUAAUUUGCUUUGUAAACAUUACCGGCAAAUAACCAGAUUAAUUAGUUGAAGCUGAUCUGUCCUUUCUCUUCUGGUGAAGAAUUGUGCCAUUCAGAUGACUCUGUAGCUGUAAAAUGUAUUCCCAUAUUGUUUUCUUCUCUGUAGUGUCUCUUGGUGCCAUGGACACACAGUAUUCAGCAUAGACAGCAGCACAGAGAGCAGUAGCUGCCACGUUUACAUCACAAACAAUGGAGGCAUCUGCUCACUGUCUCAAAGCAUCUCUGCCACUAAGAAAGAACUUGAAUGAUGUGGGCAUGGCUCACCAAGUAUAACUUCACAGCAAUCACACAACACACAAACUCUAUUUAUUCAAGAAUAUUUAUUGUUUUAUUUAUGAAACUCUUUAUUUAUAUAUCUAUGGACUGGAUUUUCACAACUGCAGUGAAUUCACCUCACUUCAACUCUGUAUGGAUACACACAGUUAUUGUUUCUGUUUGUUUUUUGCUCAGUGUCAAGUCUCCAGUUUCAUUUUGUACUUCUGUGGCUUUUUUUUCCUCUUUUUUGGCAGCAAAGAUCCACAUUUACUUGUGCAAAUGCAAUUUCUAUGAAAAAGUGUUUUUGUACGAAGAGAAUCAAAAUUUUGUAAUGAUUUUUAUCGACACAAAACACACCAUAAGGAGUGUCGUCCUUGGCAUAGGGGUGGUACUCCAGGCUGUAGUAAGGACACUUUCCUAGAAACUAGACAGAGCCGACAGAGACACAUACCUAAGAGUGCAAGAUGCACCCAUCCUCCAUGGAGCAGGUUCACACCAACUAGUACUCUGCUCUCCAAAAGAGAUGCACUGCAUUCUGACAAAGCAUUAGUGAUAUGUUGUUUUGAGGAAGAGGGAUAAAUAAACUAUUUUUUAUCAUGUAUAGGAAUCAUAUUUAAAGAAAGAUAUUUUUACUUCACAUGGAAGGAGAGUAGUGAUAAUCCUGGUUACAGCAAAUGCAUACUGUACACACAGGUAGGAAGGAAGCUUGUUGAUGAUGCUUAUCAUUCUACACCCCUUAUUGCUGAUAGAAUGCAAGAGUCCAGUGCUGAACCGUUGUGUGUAAAUGGUUUCAAAAGGAAAAUGAUGUAUUUAAAAGAAUUAAAGAACACUUAACUAAUUUUGAAUUUGUUGUGAAAAUAUAAUUCAGUGCACACAGUUUACCCUUUCAAGUUGAUGCACAAGUUUAAAAAAAAUAAAAAAGUAUUCACAACUUUUUCUGUCU